AUGGAAUAUGCAUGCAUUCGAUUAAAUGAUUUACCUGAUGAAAUUCUUAUGAUUAUUUUCAAAAAACUCAACAAUCUUGAUAUACUCUAUUCUUUCCAAGGUGUCAAUCAGCGACUAAAUAAAAUUAUUCAAGAUCCAAUUUUUACAAGUCAUUUGACUUUCGUUAAAUGGUUGUCACAUAAUUUUAUCGAUCUAUUUUGUUGUAAUAUGAUACUUGAUCGAUUUUGUUUACAAAUUUUACCUGAAAUUCAUCAUAAAAUCCAAUGGCUUGAUCUUGAAUCAUCAUCUAUGAAAUAUGUUUUACAUGCUGCCGAUUAUCCUAAUUUACAUACUCUCGGUCUGUAUUAUAUUAAUGAAGAGUCAGCUCGAUGUCUUUUUACAGGUAAGAAAUUUCAAUUGAAUUAUUCUUAUUCUCAACAAAAAUAA